AUGUCUACUUCUGAGUUAUACUUGGACGAAUCUUCUUCAUCUGUUGAGUCAGAGUGUGAAUCGAGUGGUGAUAUAGAUGACUACGAACUUGAAGUGGAAGAAUUUGAUGUAGGCUCUGCUUCGGCGUCGAAUGAGGCAAGCGGCAAAUCAUGGGAAGACAAUACUGUGGCCGCGGCCACUGCAGUUUUUCCCUAUAGCGAUGAACCCAUUGCUGAUAUAGAAUGGAUCGAAGAAUACGAGAGAGAAAAGGAGAGCGAAAAACUUCAUGUUGAGGCCCUUAAACAGCGUUUAGAUGGCACAAUUGCUGUAAGCCAAUGGUAAGCAGAACCAUUCUCACACAAAACUGGAAAUAGAAUGUGGCAAUCAAUUCCUGCUUUUGUUUAAUUUUAAUGUAGCUUGUUAAGAAUAUCUCUUUAUAUAAAUCUUAGGUGCAAAUGUGGUAAUUGUGAUACGGCAUUACUUCAAAAUGUAUACGAGUGUCAGUGUUGCCAAGAAAUCCCUAGAUGCGUUGAUAAUUUACAAUCCGAAGACGUCUUGCAAGAUACAGGAACGCCACCGUCUUGUGUAACACACCAUCCGGGGUUUAGAGUCAACUGUUUGGAGAAAUGGUCACUCAGGAUGUCCGCAAGUAAAUAUAGGACAAAAAUAUGUCGUCGAAGAUAUCGCCAAAGUGGUUCAGAGGAGUCGUAA